AUGGCGGUGGCAUCUCCGCAGCUGUAUCCACCUCCACCAGCGCUUACGCAAAGCCCCUUCCCGCAGUCGGCCGUCCCGGUUCCAGGUGUCACAAGCGGCCUCCUGAGCAGCGGAUCGAACUACCCUGUGAUUGCUCAGCUGCCGCCGGGCUGGGAAGGCCAACCGCCUCUGAGCCCGUUGCAGCAGUGGGUGCCUACACCUGAAGGCCUUCUGGAGAAGAUGAAGAGAAACAACCUGGCAGCCGGAAAGGGCAAAGGCGCUGGUGCUGGUGGUGUUGGCGGUGCAGGUGGCCUCAGUGCAAGCGGCCUUGAUGGAGAUGCUGCAGCCGAGGCGGCAGAAGAGAGAUUGGGUGUUGGAAUGCCUGUUCGCAUUUGUAACUUCUUCACCGCAGGCUCCGGUGAGUACAACGGUCUCAUUGGCGACGUCGUAGCUGUGAGCACCGAGCGAACUGGCAUGGCGGAG